GCUACUAGCAGUUGCUCGCAAUGAGGAUGCCAAUUGUACAAAACAUGGACUGUAUGCAAUACUGAUCUCAACCAUAGACUUGGUAGCCUACAUGUAUUUAUAAUAUCAAACUCUGUGAUCAUAACCAACUAAAAUUACUUCACAUCUGUUUAUAUAUGUAUUUUCCUUCGCUGAUGAUUUAUGUAUCGGAUCGCUAAUUACGUGUAGCUCAUCAUGUCUUUAUCAAAAGACCUAGGAAGGUUGUCCUUUUUGCUUUCCGCGUUGAUAUUCCUGCUCGCUGUAGAGGUAGAUGUCUUCGGAAUUGCUCAAGAUUUUGAGUAUGACUACGAUGGCGUUAUUGCCGAUGACUACAGUGACUGGAACAGAACCAUCCGGGAUCUCAUCACUUUACUGCCGGGAUAUAACUGCACGGGGGAUCCAACAUGGCCGUAUGGCGUGGAGCAGAUUUUCCCCUGUCAAAUUCUUCCUCCGUCGGAAUCACCUCCUAACUCCGUGCACAUGUUACGCCCUGCAGAUAUCAAUGUGAUUGGAGCCAUCGGGGACUCACUGACGGCAGCAAAUGGCGGAGGAGCCUGUUCACUGCCACAGCUACUGUUCCAAUACCGAGGGAAAUCGUUCAGCCAUGGUGGGGACGAGAGUUACGAAACAGUGCCGACACUUGCUAAUAUUCUUCGGAAAUACAACCCAAAUUUAAAAGGCUACGGCGUGGGGACAGGGACGUGGUCUACAGACAAUGCAGGGAUGAACGUAGCCGUUCCUGGAUCAGUGGCAUAUGAAAUUCAGGAGCAGGCUGAACGCUUAGUGCAGAAGAUGAAGGAUGACGCCAGCAUCGACUAUGAGAAAGACUGGAAGUUGGUGACCAUCUUCAUCGGAGGCAAUGACCUAUGUGAAGUGUGCAAGGAUAAGACCUUGUACUCUCCCGGGGCAUAUGUCAACAACGUGCAGAGGGCUAUUCAGGUCCUGCACAAUAAGAUGCCCCGCACCUUUGUCAAUGUUAUAGGCAUCCUCGACCUCCGACAAAUCAAUGAAUUCAGGGGAUUCGUGUGUAAAGCAAGUCACAUAGGGUUUUGCCCAUGUGUUGCAGCUGUCCGUGAUGAUGAAUUGGAAAAAGAAUGGACACCAACGCUGCUGCAGUACCAGAGUCAAUUGGAGGCGUUGGUUACCAGCGGGACAUUCGAUGAUAAAGAAGACUUCACUGUCGUCUACCAGCCAUUCCUGCACGAGUCGAAAAUUCCAAUGAUCGGGGGUGCCGGUGAUCUUUCGUAUAUGGCACCAGACUGUUUUCACUUUAGCGCUAAGGGCCACGCUGAGACGGGCAAGUCCUUGUGGAACAAUAUGGUACAGCCAGUGGGCAGUAAGGCGACAGCAUGGGUAUUAGACGGACCAUUCACUUGCCCAACCAAGGAAUCGCCGUUUCUCUACACCAACGUAAACAGCAGGAAGGGCGCGUCAUCAACCAAACGACCGGUGACGGAGAAGAAAGGCGGUGCAGUCACUGCGGACACUGCAGACGACGGGCCUGGCGGGGAUGCUUCAGUAUUCAGCCCUGCUCAUCAGUUGGCACUCCUCGUGAUCGGUGCCUUCGUCAGCAUGUUCAACUUGUGUUAGUGUUUAUUUUAUGGCCUCCUUGCAAAACUACGGCAACUUCUAGUCUGACUAUCACCUGCUCUCACCAUAGCUGCUCUGAACGAAAGUCUGAUAUAGGUGCGCAUGCCAUACUCAACCCGUGCGCGCCAUUCAAUCGGAGCUUUCGUGAGUUAAUAACAUGCAAGAAACUGACUGUUCCCUGUUGAUUGGUCGAUAGCUAUCAGCUGUGAGCGUGUUUGUUGGUUGGCAUUCAGAAUUUCAAAAUUCAGGAAUAAAAAGUCUAAUAAAAAAUAAACAGCGUAACUGCAAUGAUCUCUUUCGAUUUGCAUGUACAUGUACAUGUAUAUCAUUCAUAUACACUGUCCAUCGAUCGUGUAUGUAUUUUCUUGAAAACAAUUACUUGGAAGUAGAUUUAAUUAUUAUUUGAUUUCCCAUCCUUCGUUUGUAAAUAUAAAGAAAUGUUUUGAUAAUUAUGGUUUGUUUAGUCGUGAAUGGGAACAGGGUAAAAAAAGUUAUACAUGUAUGUAUUAAAGGCUAGCGUACUUCAAAAUGGUUUGUAUCAUAUUGUGGUUUGCAGAUGAUCCUCCAUUGACACCUUUGCUAAACCAUGGGGCAAGACCAACUAAAUACUGAUGACCUUGCUAUUAUGUAUUGAUGACAUUACUGUUGGAGAAUAUUUAACAUGUUUUUUAUGUAUUUUAUGUUUUCAAUCAUCCUGCAAAAUUUUACAGUGCGUAUUUAUAAUUAUCAGAUCAAAGGCAUCUUGAAUUUGGAAUGAAGAAAUUAUUCUUCAAUAAAAACAAAAAUCCCCCGGAGAUCUAUGUUCUUUAAAU